GCCGAUGAUAAUUUAUAUAAAGGACAGAACUCCUACAAAACUUAUAUCAAAAAACGCGAUACCGCCGCAGGAAAUGCAGCAAGUUCCAAAAUAAAAGCCGGUCCGAUAAGGGCACCAACCAAUAUUCGAGUUACUUCACGUUUCGACUAUCAACCUGAUAUAUGCAAAGAUUACAAAGAAACUGGAUACUGCGGUUAUGGCGAUUCAUGUAAAUUUUUGCACGAUCGAGGUGAUUAUAAAACCGGAUGGCAGCUGGAAAAGGAAUGGGAAGAGAUGAAUGGAAAGUUGCGAAAGGAUCCAAAUGCAUUUUUGGUGGGGAGUAGUGAUGAGGAAAGUGAUGAUGAAUUACCUUUUGCCUGUCUCAUAUGCCGACAGGAAUUUAAGAAUCCAGUGGUUACCAAGUAA